UUCUCAAAAAUCAAAAAGGAUUUUAGCUAUGGAAUAAGAUUCUGCAUACAAUGAACAUGUUAUAAAUAAAAUUAUUUUCUUUGAAAAAUAAAUUCUAGAAAGUAGAAAUAGCCCAUAACAUAGACUGGGGAAGCUUCAUAGAGUUGCCCUAUUUGAAAAUGAAUAGCGUAGCUUAAAAAGUUCGUUAUUUUUCUAUUCUCUCCCAAGAAACUAAAACCAACUAUACAGAGAAAAGAAAAGGAGAAAGAUUAUCAAACCUUCUCUGAUCUCAAGUUUCGAUCGUCGAUUAUAUACACAGAGAGAUAGGAGAGAAAGGGAUCAUUUUUAAGGCGUUUCAGGACCUGAAAACCUCUAAUCAAAUGAUUGCAGCAAGGUUAUUGAAGAGUAGUGUCGCUCCCAAAUGUUAAUGUGUAAUCAUCGACUCUACCGGAAAUACACUUUUUUGGUAUUUACCCAUCAAGAGUUUUGAAAAAUGAGAGUGCUUUAGGGAUUAGGAGGAUAUAGAAAUAUAUAAAUUCUAUUCCAUUAUCUGUUUGUUUCCCCUUGAGAGGAAUUUCUCAAAAGAAUGAGCAGAGAUGAUGACGACCCAGGAGAACAGAGCAAUGAAAGAAAACCACUCACAAAAUCAAGGCCCUACAAAUGGCUGACCAACUUCCAAAGAGAUCUGAUGGCGGGUGCGGUUAUGGGAGGUGUGGUACACACCAUCGUAGCCCCAAUUGAGCGAGCCAAGCUGUUGCUACAGACUCAAGAGAGCAAUCUGGCAAUUGUGGGUAGUGGCCGAAGGAAAUUCAAGGGCAUGGUGGAUUGCAUCGCGCGUACGGUUAGGGAAGAAGGGGUUCUUUCUCUCUGGCGAGGCAAUGGCAGUAGCGUCCUUCGCUACUAUCCUUCUGUGGCACUCAAUUUUUCUCUGAAGGAUCUAUAUAGAAACAUGUUGAGAAAUGGCAACCAUCAAGACGGUCAUUUCUUGUCUGGUGCAUCUGCCAAUUUCAUUGCGGGGGCUGCAGCUGGCUGCACAACGCUAAUCUUAAUCUAUCCACUUGAUAUUGCACACACCCGACUUGCUGCUGACGUAGGAAAAACAGAUGUUCGUCAAUUUCGAGGGAUCUACCAUUUCCUAUCUACCAUAUGCAAGAAAGAUGGGAUUCGAGGAAUUUACAGAGGGCUUCCUGCUUCUUUCCAUGGGAUGAUAGUUCAUCGGGGACUAUAUUUUGGGGGCUUCGAUACAAUUAAGGAGAUGAUGUCUGAAGAUGCUAAACCUGAAUUGCCGUUAUGGAAGCGCUGGGUGGUGGCGCAAGCAGUCACAACAUCUGCUGGAUUGUUGUCAUACCCAUUAGACACAGUUCGGAGGCGGAUGAUGAUGCAAUCUGGCAUGGAACAACCAAUGUAUCACGGCACUGUUGACUGCUGGAAGAAAAUUUACAGAACAGAGGGAGUGGCUGCAUUUUAUCGCGGGGCACUGUCGAAUAUGUUUAGAAGUACUGGGGCUGCCGCCAUAUUGGUUUUGUAUGAUGAGGUGAAGAAAUUCAUGAAGUGGGGUGGAUUGUAACAGGAAGCUUUUCUAUUUUGUUUACUUUUUUUUUAUUUUUAACACGAGAAGACUAGAGUAGAAUGAGGUUAUGUUAAGAGCAUUACAGAAGGAAAAUCUUGUAAAGUGCAGAAAGAGUUCUACACAGCUAACAUAUAAACACAUGUCCUAGCUGAAGUUGGUUUGCCAUAUCACCUUUUGAAGCUCUGGCAAUUCACCCUUUGAUUUGAUUUUAUUUAUUUUUUUGUCAACAAAUAAAGAACAGAAUGUGGUUAAUUAGUCUACAUGGGUUUCUAUACAAUUGAUCCUCUUAUUGUUAAUCUUUGAGCUGUAUUCCUAUUUGGGAUAGUGUUAUUUUUGGUACCUGUA